GUGUGUGGAGAGAAGAAAGGGAAACAACAAACAUACACAGUCAAAUCGAGAUAGCGAGCGAAGUGACAAAAGAGUGUGAAAGAUUAAACGCCGCCUACAAAGGCACACACAACGUCAGAAGAAAUCUCUGGGCGGCGCAAUUGGCGCGCCGAAUCGAAUUGGAAUUCAUAACCAAAAACAAAACACAGCUGCUUCAUUCGAAUGCAUGUCAAAUCGAUCCAUGCAUAUAAUCAAGUCAAUCAGCCUCUCCACCUCUUCCUAUCACCAUCAUCUCUUCCUCCUCCUCCAAACAUGGCACCCAAACCACAAAACUUGAAAUUGUCAGAACAGGCUCUUCAAAAUGCAAAUGCAAUAGACUCUUCAGCAGCACGAAAUGGUCGUCCAGAAAAAGUUCGUUUGGUGAUCGGAGGAAGCGCAGGAAUUCCAGCUUUGAAUGAAUUAACGUUAUCAUUCAAAAAUGAAGGAUUCGGAAAAGACAAGAAAUCAACAAAAUUAGGAGGAGUUGCUUAUGAAAUGCAACCAAACGAUAAAGCUGAUACAGCUUUAGACUCUUUCAAAGUCGCUUUUGAAUCUCCCGGAAACAUUCCAGUCACUUUGAUUCAUCCUAUCCCUGGUGCUAUCGAUGCUAAGAAGUUACCUCCUCCAGACACUCCACCUCAAUUCGCUCAAGUCUGCUUCGCUCUUCCAAGUAUUCGUUCCCCUUCAGACGUUCAAGGCGAUAAUGAACAGAAAUGGCUGGAAUUGUUUGAAGUUGCCAGCGAACGCAGCUUGACACUGGAAUUGGCCAUUCUUCCAAGCGAAGAAGUACGUGAGGCAGUAGAGAAACUUUUGGGAAAAGCAUGGGAUCAAGAAGUUGCAGCUGCCAAAAAAGCCGGAAAGGAAGACGAAGUGAACAAGAAUGGCGUUCGAAUCAUCUUUGAUGGGUUGGCUUCACCUCCUUUGAACCAAAACAGCUCUCAAUUGUCACGCAGUAAAGAUACAGAAGCAUGGUCAGACUUUAUCAGUCGAUUAGCCUUACAUCCUCGGGUUUAUUUGAAGGUCUCCCCUUUACCUUUGCCAAGUGUUUUACCUGCCGGUUUGACAAAUAUCACACGUCCGGUCGAUCAAGUUGCAAGUGGUAUUCCUGUUCCUGGAACAGAUUUGGCAGGCGGAGCAAUUCGAGCGGCAACGGAUGUGGCUACAAGAGCAAUCAAUGCGACCGAAGCAGCAACUACAACCACUUCAAGCGAUCGACGUGAUGAAUUACGAAACCGUUUGCGUGUUUUCCUGGAACCUGCUCUGGAAGCAUUUGGAGAAGAGCGUCUCAUUUGGACAUCAUACCUUGCCGCUGGCAGUGCUACCACCCAAGCUGCCGCUCAACAUGUCAACGGCGGUAAAGAAGAUGAUUUAGCUUCGCUUUCUGAGCCUGAACAAUGGUUCGAGGCUGUCUUGUCAACUUUACAGGACAUUGGUGUCAGUCAAGCUGCUUUGGACAAUGUCUUUUCCAAUAAUAUUUCCACUGUGUACCGUAUGUGA